GUACAUAUGUAAUUUUUAUUAUUAAACAGCCCAUUGCUACUUCACGUGUACCCUUUGCUUUACUGCCUUUUUUAACCCAAUAUAUUCAUGAAAAAAAUCAGCACACUGGGGCGAAGGCAAAAUGAAAAUGCAGAAAAGCCGCAAAAGGAAGCAGCUUGGGGUCGAUGGCCACUCCAAAACACCCAAAAUAACGACCGAGGAGCCAUACCCAUCUUACCAUAGACCCACCCCUGACGAAUGCAGAUCCGUAAGAGACGAGCUCUUGGCUCUCCAUGGUUUCCCUGCAGAGUUCCUCAAGUACCGCCGUCAGAGGCUCAUCAAAACCGAGCCCACCAUUGAAGCAAAAUCAGAGCCUUUGGAUAACAAUUAUGAUGAUGGGGAAGAGAGUGUGUUGGAUGGUCUGGUGAAAACUGUGCUCUCUCAGAAUACUGCUGAGCUCAAUUCCCAAAAGGCUUUUGCUUCUCUGAAGUCUGCUUUUCCCACCUGGGAAGAUGUACUUGCUGCAGAGUCGAAAAAUCUAGAAAAUGCAAUAAGAUGCGGAGGUCUAGCUCCAAGGAAGGCCUCUUGUAUUAAGAAUGUGUUGAGGUGUCUGCAUGAAAGAAAGGGCAAACUAUGCUUUGAGUAUUUACGAGAUUUGUCAAUUGAUGAAAUCAAGGCUGAGCUCUCCAAUUUUAAAGGGGUUGGCCCUAAGACAGUGGCUUGUGUUUUGAUGUUCAAUCUUCAGCAAGAUGAUUUCCCAGUGGACACACAUGUGUUUGAGAUUGCAAGGGCCAUUGGUUGGGUCCCAGCUACAGCGGACAGGAAUAAGACAUACCUUCAUCUCAACCGAAGGAUCCCAAAUGAACUUAAGUUUGAUCUGAACUGCCUCCUGUAUACGCAUGCUUACAUCAACUAAUCCAAAUCAGAUUUCUAUAAAUUGGAGAAGAAGCAUUCUGGGAUGUCCUAGACUUUCUAUAUAAUAGAAUAAGAUAUACACAUUGCUGCUUCCACCCUUUUCUUGCUUGUAAGGGACGUAUUUGAUGGUUUCACUGCAA